UCGCAUUCACAUUAGAAUCCUAUUUUGGAUGAAAACGAGACUGGCUUUUGCAUUUCAUAAAAAAAAAAAUGAGCACGUAUUUGGAGAGUGAUAAGGGCAAAUUUAUUCCGGCAACUAAGCGUCCGGAUGGCACAUGGCGCAAGGCACGUCGAGUCAAAGAUGGUUAUGUGCCGCAGGAGGAAGUGCCAUUAUAUGAAAGCAAGGGCAAACAAUUCGUUGCCCAGAGACAAACUGGCGUGCCGCCAGGCAUGUGUCCGCUUGUAGCGGCCGAACUCAAGAAGGCGCACGAGAAGAAGGAGAGGGCAAAAGUGCAGAAGGUGGAGAGGCAAACAACGGGAACAGCAGCAACAACAACAGCAACGUCAACAACAACAACUGCAGCAAAAGCGACAACAGCAGCGCCAUCUAUAGCAAAGAAUAAGAAUGAUCGUGAUAUAUCCGCCUUAUCCAGUACAUUGGAUGAUGCACUCAAACUAACUGAUGCCGAUGAAGUGGAUAUUGCCAAACAAAUCAAGAAAUUGCGCAAGAAAAUACGCGAAAUUGAGCAAAUCGAAAGUAAAAUGCAAGCUGGCGACGUCAAUAAGCUGGACAAGGAUCAACUAGACAAGGUGAAAAAGAAACCGGAAAUUUUAAAGCAGUUGCGAAAAUUGGAGGAGACUCCGCUCACAUAAUAUUGUGUGUGUUUCUUGUGUUACAUUAAUAUCCUCAUUUAAAUUGCCUAUCUCAUCUUAUCGUACAAUUGUCUGUUAAAUAGUUUUAAUGGUUUUAAUUUAAGGCAGCCCUAUAAUAAUUAUAAUAUAUGAAUGUAAUUCUGUGUACUCAUGUAAAUGUAUUUUCAUUCUGUUUAAGCCAACAGCAGGGCUCUGAUAAUAUGUUUUUAAUUAAGAUUCAAAGAUAUAAAUUAAAUGAAAUAAACCACUGCAGCAGUUCAAACAUCAA